AUGGCUCCUUCAGUUGAUGUGAUCUCGCCUUCUGCUCCUACUCCCACUGGAAAGUUGGCAUUGGCGCAGGAAACCUCCCAGAAAACUUAUAUUCGAGAGCCUUUGAAGUACUCUGGCUCCUUGAAUGAGUACAAGAACUUCGACGUCACCCCGGUUAUUGGUCGCGAGUUUUCCGGUGUCCAAUUGACUGAUCUCUUGAACGAUGAUGAUAAGCUUCGUGACCUUGCCAUCACAGUUUCCCGUCGUGGUGUGGUUUUCUUUCGCGGCCAGGAUAUCAACUCUGACCAACAGAAAAUUCUCGGACAGAAGCUUGGAGAGCUAACCGGGAAGCCUGCUACAUCAAAGCUACACCGUCACGCUGUCAACAACAGUAAGCGAAACAUUACAGUCAAUGAGGGCAAGCUAGAUGACGAGAUCUCUGUGAUUUCAUCUGAUGUCAAUCGCCAAUUAUAUGGAAGCCGCUUCUCGAAUGCCUCUCGUCAUCUGGCUAGCGAAGGAUGGCAUGCCGAUAUUACAUUUGAAAAUGUGCCAUCCGACUAUGCUAUCUUGAAGAUCACCGACACUCCCGAGGAUCAAUCUGGUGGUGACACUCUAUGGGCUUCUGGUUAUGAAGUUUAUGAUAGGCUGUCCCCUUCGUUUCAGGCACUCGCAGACAGCCUGCAAGCGGUUCACUAUCAGCCUCGAUUCAAUGAAAUUUCCAAAGAACAUGAGAUUGAUCUCAUCGAGGGCGACCGUGGGGCUCCAGAGAACACUGGCUACAGUUUCAAGGCCACACACCCUCUAGUACGAACCAAUCCUGUGACCGGAUGGAAGAGCCUCUUCGGUGCCGCCGGCCAGGUCGAAUCUGGCUGGAUUGAAGGUGUCACCAAGCGAGAAAGCCAGAUCUUGAAGCAAUACUUCAACCAACUCAUCGCCGAGAACCACGAUCUUCAGGUGCGAUACAAGUGGAACGAGAAUGAUGUUGCGAUCUGGGACAACCGCUCGGUUUUCCAUACUGCUACCAAUGACUAUGACGGAAAGAGGCAGGGUAACAGGGUUGUCUCACUGGGUGAGAUCCCUUACUACGAUCCUGCUUCGACUUCCCGGCGUGAGGCGCUGGCAGCGGAAGUCUGA